CACACACACAUGCACACGCACCGGCGUGAAAUCCAACUACUCAACUCGAAAGCUGGCGGUAGAAUAAACCUAAACCACCCCUUUCAUACACAAAGCACUCAUUGGGGACAGAAAACCAUGGGAUGCCGGAGCCCGCAGCUUACCUACGCAGUUUUCAAAGUGGACCGAGCUUGAAGCCAUUCCUUGUAUUUAAAGGUAUCCGUGAUAUCCGGUGACCCAGUGUAGACCGUUCUAAGGACAUUUUCUUGCCGUUUCUCGAGUGCUAUUUUGUUUUUGACACAAUGGGGUGCUGCAGCGGUCGAUGCACGCUCAUCUUUCUCUGCUCGAUUCAGCUGACCGUGGUGUUGGAGAGACAGGUUUUUGACUUCCUGGGGUACCAAUGGGCGCCCAUUCUGGUCAACUUCUUCCACAUCAUCAUUGUCAUCCUCGGCCUCUUCGGCACUAUACAGUACCGACCACGCUACAUUGUAGUGUACAUAGUGUGGACAGCUCUUUGGGUGACCUGGAAUGUCUUUAUCAUCUGUUUCUACCUGGAUGUGGGAGGCCUGACCAAGGAAAGUGACCUGCUGACAUUUAACAUCUCGGCUCACCACUCGUGGUGGAGUGAGCGCGGUCCAGGGUGUGUGAGGAGAGAGAUGACCCAGCCAAGGGUGGGCACUGUGGACAGCCAGUCCUACAUCUCCGUCAUGGGCUGUUUCAUGGAGUACCAGUACAUAGAGGUUCUACACAGUGGAACACAGAUCCUCAUCGCUCUCCUGGGCUUCGUGUACGCCUGCUACGUCAUCAGCGCCAUCACUGAGGAGGAAGACAGCUUUGAUUUUGUUGGUGGAUUUGACCCAUUCCCUCUCUACCAUGUCAAUGAGAAACCAUCCCAUCUCCUCUUAAAGCCCAUGUACCUGUCUACGUAAAUAGGGCAGAAGACAACAUUCCAGGUUCCGAUGGAAACAAAGUGGCUGCUCUGACUGACACAACAACAGUCC